AUGGUGUUUAAUUACGUAAUCACUUUAGCAAUUUUCAUUUCUGUAGCCGAGACUCAAUUUUAUUCAUUAGAAUCAGAGUAAAACUUUAAUUUAAGCUCUAGCAUAAUUGGUUAUCCGAUUUAAUUUACAACUAAUUAAGGUAGUUAUGAAAGUGGAAAUAUUUAUUACUAUAAUAUCAAUAAUUAUGGUAUCAAUAGCUUGAUAGAUAACUUUAUUAUUGGAAGUAUUAAUUUUUUAGAUUUAGCUUGGAUUUACAAUUAUGGAUAUUAUGAUAAGUAACUGGUGAUGCAAAUAAACGAAAAAACAGUUAACAUAGUGCUUUAUUAACAAUAUAUUUAAGUCCUCCAUUCUACUUAUGAUCUUUGGAGUCAAAUUAAUCUAUCCAACUCAAAUUCUUGGAUAUAUGUGUAUUACAAAUAAAAUAAGGUAUAAGGAUUAAAAUAAAUUUGUUAUGUUCAAAUUUAUAAUGGACCUUACCCUUAUUGCAUGGAGUUGCCUGAAUCCACUUAUUAAUAUUUUGGUUUUUUUCAAUCAACUUCUGACCUAUGGGAUUACUUUUAUUAUUAUGAUUUUCGAUAUAUUGAAUCUUUUACUGGUUAAGCUAUCUCAAUAACAAUAAAAAAGAUGAUAACUUUUGAUUCUCCUGAUUUAAAAAUGAUAGAUUAAAUGACUUUAUUGUCUUAUGUGGAACCUGAAGUAGUCCUAGAUUUAAAAAUUUAUGAAAGAUAUCAAACCAAGAUUCUAAAAGAUUGGAGCAAUUAUUAACAUAUUGUACAAAUGGGAAAUUCUUUGGAUGAUGAUAUAAAUGAUCCACAAAUAAUAAUUAAUGACUAACUAUUAUCAUUCUAAAAUCAAUAGUAUAUAUAUAUUGAUAAUUUCAAAAUCGAAAAAACAGUAACAAUAGAAUUUUAAUUAUUAUAUAAUCAAUAAUCUGAAUAAUCAACUUUGUUUACAUUUAGUUCAAGGAGAUCUUAAUAAGAAAUAAUGCAAAUUUAGGCUGAUUUUAUAAAUCAAUACAUUUAUGUUAAUUUUAAAUAGCCGUUGCAAAGUUUCUCUUGUAGUAUGAUUUUUGGAUAAAAGUUUUUGGUGAGUAUUGUUAAUUUAGUUCAAAUGACAAUAAUUAUGUUUAUUUAGAAUGAAAAUAUCUCCUGUUUAAAUCCCUUUAUGGGUGAAAUCUCUAUAACAAAUACAGAUACUUUAUAUAUAGGAUCUAACUCUAGUAAAUAUACAUAAUUAUUUAGAUUCUAAUUCUUAACCAUUUUAAUUAACUAGUGUGAGAAUUAGUAAUGGAUUUUACUCACCCUAUUAAUAUAUUGAUAAUGGUAUUUGUGCAUAUUCCAUUGAUUAAUGUUUUUAUUGUCUAAAUGUAAUCAAUCCUAUUAUUACUUAGGGAUUAUACUUAUAUUAAGGGUAAUGUGUAUCUACAUGCCCAACUUACUAUGUAGCUAAUGAAUUACGUAAAGAAUGUAUUCCUAAAUGUCAUCCUACAUGUUUGGAUUGUGAUUAAGCAAAUCCAACUUAAUGUUUCAUUUGUGCUGGUAUUCGUAUUAAUGUACCAGAAUGCAAAUGCCCUACAGGAUAUUUUGAUGAUGGUAUUUCACCAGAAUGUAUAAGUAAAUUAUAAAAUCAAAACAUAUUAGGAUAUUUACCCGAUUAAACUGUUGAUGAAGGAACAUAUGAAUUUUAAUGUGACAGUCCAAUAGAUACAACAUAUUAGAUAUCUUUUUCCAAAAAUUAUUACAGUCCCCCUUUAGUGGCAAUAAGUCUAAUAGGACAUAUAGAUUUAGAAGAAUCUAUAGAAUUUUAAGUUUUUGUAAAUAUUGUUUACAACAAUUAUUUUGAAUUAAGAGCGAUUUGCAAAACCAGUAAUGGUAGGUAUAAGAUUUAGUGGGUGGCUGGUAAGAGUUCAAGAUUUUAAAAUGUUAUUUAAUAACAUUAUUCAGGAUCUUUUAGCUCUACUUAUCUUUAUCCUGGAAAUUCGAACAUGGUUUCAGGAGGCAUUUUAGGAUGGUGCUUAUAGUCAAAAAUAACAUCUAGUGUAUCGUUUGAUUUGAAUUAAAGUGGAUUCAAUAGUUUUUAUUUUACUGCAAAUCAAUAUUUAAACUUGUUGAAAUACCAAUUCUUUGAAUUUACUGAUUAUGUUUAUUACUCUUUCAAUGAAUAUUUAAGUUUGAGUACUUAAAAUACAGGAUUUUCUAUUGGAGGGGCUACAAUCACUUAUUGGAUUUCAUAGUAUCCUUUAACUAUUCCAACAUUAUUCUCAUUAAAAAGACUUUCAACAUAGAAUUCUUAUUCGCCUUAGUAUUUUAUUAAUCAAAAGAAAAAAGCAGGAUAAAUUGAAUUCAAGAUAAGAACAUUAGGGAAUAAAUAUUUUGAUUAUUUGGCAGGUGAUCUUAUAUAUUUUACAAUUGAAUGCAUUGAUCCAUUUAAACCAUGUGAUUAUAUUUAAGAAUUGUAAAAAUGUAAUAAAAUACUAUCUGGUUGUUCAUGCAGUUCAAGGUAAUAUUUAGAUCUGGGAUAAAAUGUUUGUAAAGAUUGUGAUCCUAAUUGUUUAACAUGUAGCGAUUAUUUUGCUAAUUGCUAAUCUUGCUCAAUUGAAUCUAAAAAGCAACUUAUACUUGACAUAUAUACUAACUAUUUUAAUUGUAGAUGUGCUAUUAAUCAAUACGAAGAUAUGAAUGGAAUUUGUUAAGAUUGUGAUCCUAAUUGUUAUGAAUGUUAUAUGUAACCAACUUACUGUAUAAGUUGUGGUCCUAAUUAAAUAGUUAAUGCAUAUAAUUAAUGUGAAUGUUAUUAUGAUUCUACUUUAACAGAAAAUGGAUGUGAAUGUAUGAUUACUAAGUAUUUGUUUAGUGUGUCAACCACCAUGUUCUACAUGUGAAACUACUGUGACUAAUUGUCUUUCAUGUUUAUACCUAGGUUAAGUAUUACCAACAUGUUAAUGUCCAACAGGGUAAUAGGUUGUAGAUGGACAGUGUAUUUAGUAUUGUCCCAUUUUGUGUAUGGAUUGUAUUGAUCAAACUUCAUGUAAUCAAUGUGUGGCAUUAUCUUCUUAUAAUCCAUUAUCAAAUGCAUGUGAAUGUUAAAAUGGAUAUUUUAGUAAUAGUAUAGAAUGUUAAAGUAAAAAUAAAUAAUUAUGAUUUAGUGUGUGAAUCACCUUGUUAAAAUUGUAUUUCAUUAACUGAAUGUACAUCCUGUAUUAACUAAACUUAUUAUAUUGAUAUUACUUGUAUUUAAUGUAUAUCUCCAUGUUUGGAAUGUACAGCUUCAAAUUAUUGUCUUACAUGCAUAAAUGACUCAUACUAUUUAUCAAAUAAUUUAUGUGUCUCAUGUUAAUCACCUUGUUUAACAUGUUAUAAUCUAAAUCUUUGUAAAUCCUGCAUUAAUGAUUCAUAUUAUUAUGAUGAUACAUUACAAUUGUGUGAAAGUAAUAUUUUGUAUUAUUUCAUUAGUAUGCAUACCACCUUGCUUAACAUGUGAAACAAAUUUAUAAUGUAAGACUUGUAUAAGUAGCUUUUACUAUUUAUCUUCAAUGAAUACAUGUUUAAGUAAGACAAUUAUAUAUAUAAUUAAAUAGAUUGUGUUUCUCCUUGUAAUACAUGCUCAUCUGAAACUUAAUGUCUUAAUUGUAUCUCUGGAUAUUAUAUAGAUGCAAAUAUGUCAUGUUAAUGUAUAUUUUAAUUUUAAUUUAAGAAUGUGUAUCACCAUGUACUUUAUGUUCAACUGUUGAUAUUUGUGAUUCAUGUUUAGAUGGUUAUUUCUUAGAAUCGAAUAAUACUUGUUAAUGUAAUUAUAUCUUAUUACAAUAUAAUAGCAUGUACUAAGCCUUGUUAAACAUGUUAAAUUUAAUCAACAAAUUGUCUAUCUUGUACAGAUGUUACAAUGAUAAUAAGUGGUGGAACUUGUAAUUGUGCUUCCAAUCAAUUUUAUGAUACAAUUAAUUCUAUUUGUCAGAGUAUAUAUGUAUUAUAAUAUAUAAUAGAUUGUCAUCCUACUUGCACAACAUGUUCUAACUAAAAUGAUUGUUGUUUAGCAUCUGAAUUAAAAUAAUUAAAUAUAGACACUAAUCUUUGUGAUUGUCAAAAUGGCUAUUAUAUGUUAUCAAAUACUUGCACAUGUAGAUUUAUAUAUAUAUCUAUUUUGAUAGUAUGCAAUUCACCUUGUUCUAAUUGUACUAGUUCAUCAGUUUGUACUACCUGUAUUGAUGGCUAUUACCUAUCUGGCGAUUUUUGUUAAAGUAAAUAAAGUUUAAUUUAUAAUAGUUUGCACAUCUCCUUGUUAAAAUUGUGUUAAUGCAUCAACAUAAUGUUUAAGUUGUGUUGGAGUUAACAUGAUUAUUACUAAUAAUUUAUGCACAUGCCCAUCUUAACAUUAUAUGAAUGCUGCUCAAACAGAUUGUAUUCAAUGUCAUCCUACUUGUUUGACAUGUACUGAUUCAAAUAAUUGCUGUUUCUCUGCUGAAUAUAAGAUUUUAGAUUCCAUUAACAAUGUUUGUAAAUGUAUAGAUGGAUAUUAUUUUGAUUCUGAUGGAAUUUGUUAAAGUAAUUAAUACUAUUUAUUAUCUUAUAUAGAAUGUGAUAAAAAUUGUUUAACUUGUGAAACUACUGCUACUAAUUGUUUAUCUUGUGAUACAAAAUUCUAAUUAGAUAUUUCAGUAUGUAAAUGUUUUGAUAGUCAUUAAUUUAUUAAUGAUCUGGGUUUAUGUGAAAGUAUUUGUUAUAAAUAUAUACUUUUUAGAUUGUUCAACAAAUUGUUUAACUUGUUCAACUAAUGCCAAUAAUUGUUUAAGUUGUGAUGACACUAAAAAAUAUCAACUUAUUAAUAAUAUUUGUUAAUGCAAAACUAAUGAAUAUUUAAAUGAUAAUGGAAUAUGUACUUAAUGUCAUAACACUUGUACUUCUUGUGUUAAUGGUACAGAUAUUGGUUGUUUAAUUUGUAUAUCUUCAAGAAAGAUGAAUCCUGAAAAUAAAUUAUGUGAAUGUGCAAAUGGAUAUUAUUAAAAUGAUAAUUCAGAAUGUAUCAAAUGUAAUAGUAAAUGUGGAAAAUGUCUUAAUGAUCAUGAAUGUUUAACAUGUUCAGAAAAUAGAUCACUAGAUUAAGAUGGUGUAUCAUGUAUAUGUAAUAUUGGAUUCUUUGAAAAUGAGAAACAAGUUUGUUAAAGUAAAUAUACAAUUAUUAAUUAUAUUAUAGAAUGUUCUCCACCUUGUUCUACUUGUACAAGUGCAUCAGAUUGUCUAAGUUGCAUUGAUGGUAAGAAUUAUAAAUUUAUUAUUAAAUAGUGAAUAGAGAAGUUGUUGAGUCUAGAUGUAUAUGUAAAAAAGGAUUUUUUGAGAAUGAAUAGAAUCAAUGUGAGAGUUGUACAACAAUAAAAGGAAAAGUAAAUGAUAUAUGUAAUUAUAUUAAUUGUGGGGAUGGAGAAUUAACAAAAGGAGAAUAAUGUGAUGAUGGUAAUAAAAAUAGUAGAGAUGGUUGUACAGAUUGUAAAAUAGAUUCACUUUUUACUUGUGUUAAUAAAAUGCUAUCAAGAUCUAUCUGUUUCUAAUGUGUUCCUCAUUGUUAAACAUGUUCUUUAAAAGGAUAUAGAAGUUCUUGUGAUUAAUGUUAUGAUGGUUAUUAUCUAAAAGAAAAUGAAUGUUUCAAAUGUUCUGAUAUGUGUUACACUUGUAAAGAUAAUAAAACAUGUCUAACAUGCACUAUUAUAGAUGCUAAACCUGAUGAAAAAGGAACAUGUCCCAAAUGUACAAAUGUUAAAGGAUAUUAUAUUGUUAAUCGUAAAUGUGUUACAAAAUGUGGAGAUGCUAUUAUAGUUGAAGGUGAAUUAUGUGAUGAUGGUAACAAUUUAGAUGGAGAUGGAUGUGAUUCCAAAUGUCAAGUUGAAAAGUAUUAUACUUGUAAACAAUCAACCUGCACUAAAAUACCAUAACCAUAAGUAGAAGCAACUUAUACAAAUUCUACUACUUCUGAUAGUAUGUUUCUUAAUUUUCCUAUUGAUUAAGGUGAUCCUUGCACUAAAAUUAAUAUCACUAUUGAUUAAUUUCUUCCAAAUGAAUUUUAAUCCUUUAUUAAUUAUGAAUAAAUUGAUGAAAACAACUCAAAAUGUAAUAUUGAUUUUUCAUUCAAUAAAACUAUUGAUCUUGGAAAUCUCAUACAUAUUUUCAUUCCUGUUAAAGUAAGAACAUCUAGACGUGUACUUGAAGAAGAAACUAGAGAAAUUAUUAUUACUCCAAGAAAAAAAGUUAUUUAUUCUUAAAAUCAAGUUUAAUAAGCUGAAAGUGCUAGUAAUGCUUAAUCUGCUCUUGGAGAAAUGCUCUAUUUUAUAGCUCCAACUGUUAUAGUAUUAGGUGGAUUUAACUUUUUUUGGACUAUUAUGGAUAUUUUAAGUUGGAUCAACAAUCUUUAUUAUAUAAAUAUCUAUUUCCCUGAAAAUGUUAGAAUGUUCUUUCAAAAAUCUGCUUGGGGAGAUUUUUAAUUAUUUCCAGCAUUUUUUGUUUUAAAUGAACCUACUGAUCCUUAUUAUAUUGAAAGUCCUAAAAAAUUCAUGGAAAAAGGAGUCGAUCCAAUAUUCCUAAAUAAUACAUGGACUUGCUUUGCCAUCAUAGCAAUUACAAUUUCUGUUUAAAUUCUUUCUUGUUUGAUAUUAGUGAUCUUAGAAUUCAUAUGGCCUCCUGUUACAUAGAAAACAUAACUAUCAUCUAUUAAAAUAUUCUAAUUGAAUGAAACCAAACAAUCUCCUUCUAACAAAUUUAAAUCAAAUACAGAGAAUAAAUUUACUAAAAUAAAAAUGUAAAAGGCUCAAGUAGAAAUGCAAAAUAAAAUAAUUUUAAAUCCAAAAAAGAGAUUCCCUUAUCUUAUUGACAAGAUUUAUUAACCUUUGCAUAAAUUUAAGAUUAACUUUUUAUCAAAUUUUAUUAAAUCUUUAAAUUUAGCAUUUUUAGAUUUAGUAUUAGCUAUUAUACUACAAAUUACAACAAUACCUAGUAGUCUUAUGGAUUAUUAAAUUGUAUUCAUCAAUCAAAUAUUAUCAUAUGUAAGUAUUAGUGUCUGUGUCUUUACUCUAAUCAUAUCCUAUUAUGUUACAACUAAACAUCAUAUGUUAUUGGAUCAUGAAAUCUUUUAAAAUUAAUAUGGCACAUUAUAUGAAAGUAUCAAUACUAAAUCAAGUACAGCUAUGAUGUAUUCAUUUAUCAAUUUGAACAGAAAAGCAUUAUUUAUUAUUGUAGUUGUAUAUUUCUACUAUUAACCACUCUUAUAAACAGUAUUCAGUUGUUUUAUUAGUUUCUUAAAUAUAGCCUUAAUUCUUUAUGAAAAUCCAUUUACAUCUAAUGCUGAACUUAUUUAAAAUGGAGUUCCAGAUUUUUGUAUAUUUGUUUUAAUGCUUUUAUCUACAGGUUUUGCUCUAGAUGAUAUAGUAAUAUAUUAAUUUUUAAUUCUAGAUUGGUGUAUUAAAUGCUGAUCAAAGAUUUUAGAUAGGUUGGUUGAUGAUAGGAACUAUAGGAUUAUCAAUAUUCGUAUAAGUUAUAUUUUUAUUGAGAGAGUUUAUAAGAGAUUUAUAAGAGAAAUUCUUAAUUAUUGUUAAAAAAAUCUAGAAUUGUUUAAAAUCUUAAAAAAAAUUAUGA